GCCAGGCACGACCCUCUGGUGCCACCGUGUGGCCGGAAUGGGUGAGGCAGUCCGCUCCGAGAGACCCGAGAGACUAACCCGUAAUCUCCCCAACCGCCUCCAAAGGAACCACGACGUCCAGUCUUUAUGAAGGGAGCAACCCAGCGGUUUAGAGAGUCUGAGCCGGGCGGCGCCUGUGGUUCAGUGAGUAGGGCGCCGGCCCCAUAUGCCGAGGAUAGCGGGUUCAAACCCAGCCCCGGCCAGUCCCAGCUGCUCGGGAGGCUGAGGCAAGAGAAUCGCGUAAGCCCAAGAGUUAGAGGUUGCUGUGAGCCGUGUGACGCCACGGCACUCUACCCGAGGGCGGUACAGUGAGACUCUGUCUCUACAAAAAAAAAAAAAAAAAAGAGAGUCUGAGCCACUUGUCCAAGUCCACACUUGAUGGAGCGAGCUAACCCAGUACAGCCCCCAAUGCUUUACAACUAGACAUUUGGAAAUGUGGUGGGGACGUUCCAGUUUGCUGUGGAACUGAAAUAAACAGGCCUUUGAGGCCCCCAGCAAGUGGCGAACUCCCCCAUUCCUGCGGAGGUGGCUGCCGCCCAUGCCUCUGUUUUAAAGGAGAAUGAUGUCCAUGGCCACAGAGGUCAGAAGCCAAAGGACGGAGCUUUUCUCCUCUGAUGCCCAGGAGCUUCGGCAGAGAAAGGUAUUGGAGAUCAGAGAAUCAGAGACUGGGGAAAGCGAAGCAGUUAGAAGCUUCCUGGAAGAGUGGAAGGAGUGCUCAGCCAUAAACCGCCUGGGUGCUGGGCCCUGCUCUGCUCUCAGCUGGCUGUGUGAUCUUAGGUAAAUCUUUUUUCUUCUCUGGGCUUCAGUUGCCCUCCAAUGAAAUGGGAGGAUUCUUCCAGAUGAUCUGAUAACCUCUUCCCUUCUUCCACCUCCCCUUAUCUCCCCUACAUAAACCAGCCCCACACUGCCCACCCAAACUAGCUCUGACAUUCCAGAAGAAGCCUUGAACUGAGGUCUGAAAGUCCCAGGUAGGACUGCAGCCCAUCCUUGCGCUUCCCCCUGAGCUCAGGGCCCUGGGCUUGAGGUCCUGCAGGGUAUCUGGUCUUGACCCAGCUAUCAGAGGGGAGGAAGGUUCAGUGCCUCUGAGAAAGGCCUCAAAGGGCCUGCAUUGUGAUGACUCAUCUGCUCUAUGACCUCAGCCUCUCUCCCACCCCCAUUUCUCCCUGGUCAACUGCUCUGCAAACAACCAUCAAUCUGAAUCCCAAAGGCCUGAGAAAGUCUGUUCUCCAGUACCUGCUGCUGAUCCUCUGCCUCAACCCGCAAGAAGCACCAUGAAAUUGGAAUUCACGGAGAAAAACUACAACAGCUUUGUGCUGCAGAAUCUGAACAAACAGAGGAAACGCAAAGAGUACUGGGACAUGGCCCUGACUGUGGACCACCAUGUCUUCUUUGCACAUCGAAACGUACUGGCUGCUGUCUCUCCACUAGUGAAGAGCCUCAUCGCUAGCAAUGACAUGAAGACCACCGAUGAGCUCUUUAUCACCAUUGACCCCAACUACCUGAGUCCAAUCACGGUGGACCAGCUCCUAGAGUACUUCUACAGUGGCAAGGUGGUGAUCUCAGAGCAGAACGUGGAGGAGCUACUUCGUGGGGCCCAGUAUUUCAACACACCACGCCUUAGAAUUCACUGCAAUGACUUCCUUAUUAAGUCCAUCCGCAGGGCCAACUGUUUGCGCUACCUCUUCUUGGCUGAGUUGUUUGAGCUCAAAGAGGUAUCAGACUUGGCCUACUCUGGCAUUCGAGACAAUUUUCACUACUGGGCCAGUCCUGAGGGCUCCAUGCACUUCAUGCGCUGCCCCCCUGUCAUCUUCGGCCGCCUGCUCCGUGAUGAAAACCUUCAUGUGCUCAAUGAAGACCAGGCUCUCAGUGCGCUCAUCAAUUGGGUAUACUUCCGGAAGGAUGAGCGGGAGAAGUAUUUCAAGAAGUUCUUCAAUUACAUCAAUCUCAAUGCUGUCUCCAACAAGACGCUGAUGUUUGCCAGCAACAAGCUGAUAGGCAUGGAGAACAGCUCGGCCCAUGCAACCCUGAUUGAGAGUGUCCUGAUGGACCGCAAGCAGGAGCGGCCAUGCAGCCUGCUGACCUACCAGCGGAAAGGGGCUCUGCUGGAUUCAGUGGUCAUCCUUGGUGGCCAAAAGGCCCAUGGCAAGUUCAACGAUGGAGUGUUUGCCUAUAUCAUCCAGGAGAACCUGUGGUUGAAGCUCUCAGAGAUGCCCUACCGGGCAGCAGCACUUAGUGCCACUGCUGCUGGUCGCUACAUCUACAUCUCUGGUGGCACCACCGAGCAGAUUUCAGGGCUGAAGACAGCCUGGCGGUAUGACAUGGAUGACAACUCCUGGACCAAGUUGCCUGAUCUGCCCAUUGGGCUUGUCUUCCACACCAUGGUGACCUGCGGGGGGACAGUGUACUCAGUGGGUGGGAGCAUUGCCCCAAGGCGGUAUGUCUCCAACAUCUAUCGCUAUGAUGAGCGCAAGGAGGCCUGGUGCCUGGCAGGAAAGAUGAGCAUCCCUAUGGAUGGCACAGCUGUGAUCACCAAGGGCGACCGGAACCUCUACAUUGUCACUGGGCGGUGCUUGGUGAAGGGCUACAUCUCCCGGGUUGGGGUGGUGGACUGCUUUGACACCAACACCGGGGAUGUAGUCCAGUGUAUCACCUUCCCCAUUGAGUUCAACCACCGGCCCCUGCUCUCUUUCCAUCAGGACAACAUCCUAUGCGUGCACAGCCACCGGCAGAGUGUGGAAAUCAACCUACAGAAGAUAAAGGCCAGCAAGACGACCACCUCAGUACCUCUCUUGCCCAACAACUGCCCCUUGGAUGUGUCCCAUGCUAUAUGCUCCAUUGGAGACAACAAGGUGUUUGUAUGUGGGGGUGUCACUACAGCCAGUGAUGUCCAGACAAAGGACUACACCAUCAAUCCAAAUGCCUACUUGCUAGACCAAAAGACAGGCGAGUGGAAGAUCCUGGCCCCCCCACCAGAGGCACUGGACUGUCCUGCCUGCUGUCUAGCCAAGCUACCUUGCAAGAUUCUUCAAAGGAUUUAAACAACUUUUUAAGUGGGAGAAUAAGUAAAUGCAUUAUUAUUCACAAUUUAAUGAGAGAGAAAGAGAGGAA